AUGACUUCCCGCAGAAAAACAGUGAGUCGUAGAGCAGCACAGGUUCGCUCCAGUUGUAGGGCGCAUCCGCCCUACGUUUCCGUCCGCCCUUUUCCCCUCCCAUCGCUUCCUCGUCGACGUCGUCGUGUCCCACAACGGCGACACUUUUAUGUCCCCGAUCGCUUCCCCUCACCGUCGCCCACGCUUCCCCCCACCGUCGCCCACGCUUCCCCCCACCGUCGCCCACGCUUCCCCCCACCGUCCCCGAUCGCUUCCCCCACCGUCGCCCACGCUUCCCCCCACCGUCGCCCACGCUUCCCCCCACCGUCGCCCACGCUUCCGCCCACCGUCGCCUACGCUUCCUCCCACUGUCCCUCACACUUCACCCCACCGUCGCCCACGCUUCCCCCCACCGUCGCCCACGCUUCCCCCCACCGUCGCCCACGCUUCCCCCCACCGUCGCCCACUCUUCCCCCCACCGUCGCCCACUCUUCCCCCCACCGCCGCCCACGCUUCCCCCCACCGUCGCCCACUCUUCCCCCCACCGUCGCCCACGCUUCCGCCCACCGUUGCCCACCCUCCCCCUCACUGUCAUCCACGCUUCCCCUCACCGUCGCUCACGCUUCCCCAUCAUGUCGCUUACGCUCCCCCCCACCGUCGCUCAUGCUUUCCCCCACCUUCCCCCACUCUUCCUUUCUCAUCACCUACGCUUCCUCCCACCGUCGCCCUCGCUUCCUCCCACUCUCCCUUACACUCCCUCCCACAGUCACCCACGCUUCCCCCCACCGUCCCCCACGCUUCCCCCCACCGUCGCCCACGCUUCCCCCCACCGUCGCCCACGCUUCCCCCCACCGUCGCCCACGCUUCCCCCCACCGUCGCCCACGCUUCCGCCCACCGUCGCCCACGCUUCCUCCCACUGUCCCUCACACUUCACCCCGCCGUUGCCCACGCUUCCCCUCACCGUCGCCCACGCUUCCGCCCACCGUCGCCCACGCUUCCCCCACCGUCGCCCACGCUUCCUCCCACUGUCGCUCACACUUCACCCCGCCGUUGCCCACGCUUCCCCCCACCGUCGCCCACGCUUCCCCGCACCGUCGCCCACGCUUCCCCCCACCGUCGCCCACACUUCCGCCCACCGUCGCUUACGCUCCCCCCCACCGUCGCUCACGCUUUCCCCCACCUUCCCCCACUCUUCCUUUCUCAUCGCCUACGCUUCCUCCCACCGUCGCCCUCGCUUCCUCCCACUCUCCCUUACACUCCCUCCCACAGUCACCCACGAUUCCCCCCACCCUUGCACCCUUCUUUCCUUCUCUCUGACUCUCCCUUCCCCACUGCCUGGCACAGCAAGCUUGAACCAGCCUCCUCCUCUCUCUUUCACCAACCCCGCUCGCAUGGCAGGUGCUGCUGCAACAUUGGAGGAGAAUGCUGGGCGCACAGCCGGGGCAGCGCGUGCAGGCGGGAAGGGAGUGGGGGAGGCGUGGCAGGGGAGUGGGGGAGGCGUGGCAGGGGAGUGGGGGAGGCGUGGCAGGGGAGUGGGGGAGGCGUGGCAGGGGAGUGGGGGAGGCGGGGCAGGGGAGUGGGGGAGGCGGGGCAGGGGAGUGGGGGAGGCGGGGCAGGGGAGUGGGGGAGGCGGGGCAGGGGAGUGGGGGAGGCGUGGCAGGGGAGUGGGGGAGGCGUGGCAGGGGAGUGGGGGAGGCGUGGCAGGGGAGUGGGGGAGGCGUGGCAGGGGAGUGGGGGAGGCGGGGCAGGGGAGUGGGGGAGGCGGGGCAGGGGAGUGGGGGAGGCGGGGCAGGGGAGUGGGGGAGGCGGGGCAGGGGAGUGGGGGAGGCGGGGCAGGGGAGUGGAGGAGGCGGGGCAGGGGAGUGGGGGUGGCGGGGGCAGGAAGCCGUCCCGACUUCCUCUCUCGUCCGCUAAUUCGCCUUCUCCUGUCCGCCCUUCCACUCUCCAUUCCUCCCUCCUCUCUUUCUCUCUCUUUCCCUCCACUUCUCCCGUCCGCCCCUCCUCCCAGUCUCCCUCCUCCCUACCACUCUCUCACCCACUCUUUCUUUCAAUUUUUGAGUCGACUCAAAAACCGACUUUCUCUCUCUUUCCCUCCACUUCUCCCGUCCGCCCCUCCUCCCAGUCUCCCUCCUCCCUACCACUCUCUCACCCACUCUUUCUUUCAUCCUCGUGCCUCUCUUCCACCAUGCCGACCUUCUUUUCAAACUGCCACCUUCCGAGCUUCCUAUAGUCCACCUUUCCGUCUCACCCACUUGUCCUAUCCCUACUUGAAUUCCUCACAUCCUCUCAUCCCCCCUUCUCCCCUUCCACCCUUCCACCCUCCAGCCCUUGCGCUCAUCCUCCCUUCCUCUCAUCCUCCCUUCAUCUCAUCCUCCCGUUCUCUCAUCCUCUCAUCCUCCCUUUCUUCCUUCCCCCCUCCCUUUCUCUCUUCCGCCCUUCCUCCUUGUCUCCCUUGCUCAUUUUCUCCCUCGGCGCAUGCUUAUUUUCCCUGCAUCCCUCGCUGCCAUCCUCCCUUCCUCUCAGCCUCCACACUUCCUCUCGUCAACCAUUCCUCCGCACCCUUCUACCCUGCCACGCCUGUACACUCCUACCUUGUUUGUUUAUUCUAG